CAGGAAUCAGGUUGAAAACUGAAAUACUUUUCGAAAAGAUAAGAUUUCGUCUUUCACCAAACAUUAGUGUUGUAACUAGCAUGUUUCAUGUGGUGCUGAUAAUAUCAGCAAUCCUCGUUUUUUUUAUUCUCAAAAUACUCUUGGGUCUUUACAGACUGAAUUCAUAUUUGAGCGAAAUACCGAAACCUCAACCAUGCAGCUGGUUUCUUGGCCACACUUUAGCUUUUUCUGGAUUCAAAGAUAUUUUCCCAGAAACAACAAAAAUCAUCAAUGAUAAUGGUGGCCUGAUUAGAGUGAUUAUACCACCUGCUAUGGCUGUGAUGACUACAGAUAAAAAUGUGAUCAGAGCAGUUCUGAAAACUCAAGGUGCUAAAGGUCAUUGCACAUAUUUCAUUAAGCCAUGGCUGGAAGAAGGAUUAUUUACCAGUGAAGGCACAAAGUGGAGGGAACGUAAGAAAAUUUUAUCUGUCUGUUUUGGAAAUUUGGAUCUCCUAAAAAAUUUCAUCAGAGUAUUCGAAGAAAUAGGAAAUGACCUAGUUGACGUAUUGGAAACAAAAAUUGAUGAAAAAUGUCUAAACGUGAUUCCUCUUAUGAAAAAAUAUACAAUGGAUGUACUCUGUGGAACUGCGUUGGGCGUACCAAUGAAGUCCAACCAUUAUGAUUCUUAUACAAAAUCAGUAGACAAUCUCUGCACCAUCAUAGGAAGCCGACUUCAUUCACCCCACAAAAAAAUAGAUUUCCUCUUCCGGUUUACUGAGGAAUACAGAAUUCAUCAGAAAUCGUUGAAGAUAGUGAACGACUAUUUCGACGAAGUAUUCGAAGAUAAGCUGAAACAGAGUUAUGUGGAUUUCGACAUGAAAGAAAGAUUGACAUUUUUGGAUUCGCUGAUUCGGUCAUACAAAAAUGGUGGGCAAGUUACUAAAGAUGAUAUUAGAGAGGAAGUCAACACAUUCAUGUUUGCGGGUUAUGACACAAGUUCUAUCGCAAUGGCCUUCAUACUGUACCUUCUAGCACACAAUCCAACAGUUCAGGAGAAAGUUGUACAGGAGCAGAUAGACAUUUUCGGUAGUCUAACUCCAGAUGGACCAAUAGACUAUGACCAUCUCCAACGCAUGAGAUAUUUGGAAACUGUGAUAAUGGAAUCCUUGAGAUUGUAUCCUUCUGCUCCACUCAUUGGAAGGAUGUUGAGUGACGACAUACAUUUAGAAAAUGGUAUUGUCCUACCAAAAUCAUGCGUGGUACUUCUUUACAUUUAUGGAUGUCACCAUAAUCCGAAAUAUUUUCCGGAACCAGAGAAAUUUAUCCCGGAACGAUUCGAGAAGGAUGACAUUGAAUCUAACACGUAUCUUCCUUUCGGUAUUGGACAAAGGGUUUGUAUAGGGAAAAAGUUCGCCAUCUUGGAGACGAAGAGUUGUAUUUCAAAAAUUGUUCGAAAGUUUAGGUUACUGCCCUCAGUGCCAGACACCAAACCACAAUUGAUUUUCCAAAUGUUGAUAGCAUCGAAAAAUGGAGUCAACAUAUCAUUAGAGAGGAGAAAUUCGCAAUGUAUCUAAUCUCUCUUACCUACAUCAAUAUAGUGUUUCAAUGACAAGUCCACUCAUGCCAUGGAAAUAA